GUGGGUUAUGUACUGCCCUCUAUCGAUUACCGAAUCGUAAAACGAAUCAGAAAAAGACUGUUACCAAAACUGAUACCAAAGCCCGAAUACAAUGAGUUCCUAGAGAUUGAUACGACGAGGAUCGGGAAGCAAAUGAUUGGUUGCUUUUGGGCUGGUGACUCAAAUAAUCUUCAAAAAACUGAAGUAUUAAUGGCUGAAAGUAUUGGUUUAAGCAAAGCAGCCAAAAAGAAUCAGAAGAGACGAGGAAAUAAAGACCCAAGCCUUCUGAGGCAGAAUGUAGAGGGUUCUGCUGACUUGAUUCAGGACAUCAGAGAUCAACUAGCAAAAGCAAAAGCAAAUAAGGACCAUUCCCUAGCCAAUGAGCUGAGGCAGAAAUUAUGGAUUGCUCAGGAUUUAAAUGCAGGAUAUAAACCUGCCAUUGACAAGGAUGACCAUAAUGCUCAAAAGUUACUAAGUAAAGUCACUGAAGGACGAUUGGAAGUAUCAAAGACAACUGAACCGGUACCAGCUCCUGUUACUUCCACUCUUGACGAAGAUGAAAGAAAACUGCGUAACCUGCAGAAAAAACUGAAGAAAAUUGAGGAGCUGAAGAAAAAAAAGGAAGCUGGAGAGAAACUACAGGAUAACCAGCUGAAGAAAAUAGAAAUGGAAGCAGAAUUACUUGAAGAGAUCCAGCAUUUACAGAAACUAAUGUCCAUUCCAGUGAAAACAUAACAUCUGCUGUUGCCAUGGCAAAUUACCAUGGAAAGUAAACAAAUUCCAGUUGUAUUCAAGAUACUGUACUUGUAAUGGAUUUAUUAACCAGUUGUUCUGGAAUUGGUCAAAGUUCCUCCAUGUACAAAAAAAUGACUCCUCUAUGACAGAGCAACACACUAAACAGGGAUGACGCCAGGAUUUGCUCGAUGGCGGGGUCUGAUGCCUUCAACAAGAGCAAAGUGAGCGUGGUCGGGCAUCGCUCAAAAUAUUAAAAAAGUGGUUUGGGGCGAACCCCCAAAAAUGUUUACAAUUUAGGGGUUUCAAAGGUUUAUUUAAUCAAUUUUAGAGUACUAAUAUGUAGAAUAUACAUAUAAUUUUUUUUUCUCCCGACGGAGCCUGUACCCCAUUGUCGCCACCCCUGACACUAAAUUUGCAAGGGCAGUAGGUUAUAUAAUUCCUUGCUGCCCAUGAUUUUGUUCGUCGAACAGUGAUACAUCCUUCAAGUCCAGACUGAAGAAACACCAGUUUGUGUGUAUACCUCUGUUAAUGGGGAAGGACAGUUUGUCAUUCUAAUAACUUAAUUAUAAUAAUACAAAGUAAUUUAAAUAUUUUUAGCUCAUCGCAAGCGAUAUAGAUUUGUAAAAUCAGUAAGCAAUGCAACAUAUUUAAGGAUUUCAAAUAAAACAUCAAUUGAUAUACCUGUAGAGCAAAAUGUCAUUCAUAACAAGCAAUGAAUGGUUUGAAUGUGUAGAUUUAAAUUCAUAAAUAGUAUUUAUCCAACCACUUUUUGCCAAUGAAUCACAUUCCCUGCCUAAGCUGCCUUUAUGUUGUAUCAGAUUUCUCCAUUUGCUUCUUUUU